AUGUCCGCCAUAAAAAAUGAAAGCGCAUCGCUUUCUCGUUCAAAUUCCAUUCCACCAUACACAUCUGACUCGGAACCCGAAUCGGUUUCACUUUCUUUACCGCGAGAAGAUGGAAGCCGUCAUGAUGAGCGCGAGUUUAUGAGUGGAUAUAAUCGUUCUUCGUAUCGAGUUGGAGGUGGAUAUAGAGGUUCCUAUAGCCAUGGUCGGGCUGAACGACCGGGUGGAGAUGAUGAUGGGAACGAGAAUGAAGACGAGGAUGAGGAUGAUGAGAAUAUGAAUGGAUAUGGUGACGGGUAUGGGGAUAGAGAAGAUGAUGGAGAAGAUAACGGCGAGGAGAGAGAUAACGAGGAAGACGAAAAUGAGAACGAAGAUUCCGACGAAGAAAUCAAAAAUGAAGAUUCAUCAGAACCAGAACUCGAACUCUCAAUCGAAAUCGACGAUAUGCAAAUGAACGUUCCCCAUACCCAACAAAUCCUACUUUCAGACAUGGAAGUUUCAGAAGACGAACUCAAAUCCAACAGAAACUCCACAACCGCAUCUGAAGAUUGGCGUAACAUGAACUUUAACCAAGAAGAUGAAAUUUCUACUCCCAUUCUUCCUACGAAAAAGGAGAUGACUGCAGUUGAAGAGAAACUUCAAAAGCAAAUAUAUGAAGCUCUUCAGAAGGAGAAAAUCCGUCAAGAUAUGGCUGCUGCCAAUCACAAACCUACUCCUGAUCCUAGUCCCACUAUUCGAUUUUUCGCCGUUGGAGCAGAUAUGUGCGAGGAACUCAUGGAAACUAUAUGUUCAGAUGUGAAGUUACUUGGAAUAGGAAGAUUGGAUGGAUGGAUGUUUUGUGUCGAUGAGAAGGUUGAGGGAGUAUGUUGUUAUCGAAAUAUCGUACCGGAUUCGGACUUGAAGAACGAGGAAGCAGAAGCAGAGUAUAAUACUGUUGAUAAAGUCGUCUAUGGAUUAAUAUGGGAGGUUCAUGAGAAUACUCUUUAUACACUGCUGGAGCUGGAUAAGAAGGAAUCGGAACCACAAUUUGGCAUGGCGCGUGCGGAUGUGAUGAGAUUGAAAUGCGAAGGGUUUGGACGAGCGUUUGGGAUGGGGUGGGGAUUGAAGAGGAGAUUGAAGGAGGUAGAAAUGGAGAGGGAUGUGGUGGUUUUUACGGGGGUACCUGGGGGAAUGGGAUUGGGCGAGGGAUACAAUGAGAGGGUGAAUAGAGGGAUCAUAGAGGGGUGUAUGAGAGGAAUUCCGGAUGAGUGGGUAGAGAGUGAUGUGAGGGUUUGGGUGCAAUAUCCUCAUGUUCCAAUACCGAUGAAAUAG